AUGGCCACCGCCAAGUUUUGGAACAUCCCUGAACUGAAGGUGCUCGUGUUUUCACAUCUACACGAUAACGAAUGUCAAAAAGAUUUGUUCUCUUGCGCGCUCGUACACAGUACAUGGACUGAACCAGCUAUCGACGCACUCUGGCAAGGUUACCCUGGGUUUGGAUACAGAUGGGGCGGAUACCGAAAGAACGGCGACAUCACUGAAGCACUUUUAGCAUUGCCGCGUUCCUGCCGCCAAAAAUAUGCUUCUCGAGUUUCAGUACUUGACUUUUUCCAAGUCGAGGUCGACGCCCCACUCUUGCAGACGAUGUUUAAAGAUAUGGAGUUUCCAAGGUUGAGAGAGCUUUUGCUCAAUCUCUACGAUGAUAAGACUCUACACAAAUCGGACCUAUUGCAAAUAUCGAGUCAUCUUCCAUCUAAGCUAAAGGCAUUCAGGAUGACUGGCCCAUCGUACACACGCAAACCGCUCACAGCCACAUUUCUAAAAGAGCUUGCUGAACAAUGUCCAAACCUCAAAGAACUUUGGCUUGCUGUUCCCAGAGCAUCAGUCUCGUCAUCAGAUCUUGCGGUUUUCUUUCGAACCAUUCGACCUCGAGAAGUGUGUCUAGAUUUCGUACGAUGCAAAAAUGUAUUGAUCACACAUGAUGUCCUCGCCGCCUUAUCCGAUAGUGGAUAUCUGGAAGUCCUGGCCGUUGGGUGUAAAGACGAGAGCAGAGCAGAUGUCAAGGCCACUCAAUUGCAACACUUUUGUGAAAAGACUGCAAACCCAUUUCCAAGCCUGAAAGAGCUAAGUAUGGAAUUCCAUACUGAUGCCGUUCCUUGGGUGUCAAAGUGUUUCCCUACUGUCACGAAACUGAGAACCAAGAUGUAUACAUCAGAUCGAUCUCGUGUCACGUCUGUUCUCAAACAUCUUGCAGAGAUGACCCAGCUACGGGAGCUCGAGAUCAUGAGGAACCAAGAUAGGUCUAAUUUCGACAUGGCAAUACCACCAAGAGAAUUUUUGGCUCUCGGCUCUCUUCCUCAACUCAUCACGCUCAAGAUCGGAAGGGUGUUCCAUCUCAACGCGGACGAAUCUUUUACUGAAGAACAUGCGCAUGUAAUGUCCUCUGGCCUCACCGCGUUGGAGGAACUGUGUAUCGCACUACCAGGCAAUCCGAACAACUGCGAAUAUCCCAAGUACAUAUUGCGAGCCAUCUCAAAAUCCUGCACUAGACUCAAAUCCCUCAGGCUUGUUGGCGUGUUUCAUCUUGGCCAUCUCGUAGGCUUGCGCCCACCUCGUUUUGACAAUUUGGAGGAAUUGCGGUUUGAUGCUGUUGAAACCUGGGGCACGCCGCUCAAAGCAGCAAAGGUUAUUGAUGCGUUUGCGCCGAGAUUGAAAAGGCUGGGUCCUGAUUCUUGCACAAAGAUAAUGGGUGAGAUCCGUGAUUGUUUCAUGAAUUUGCACCGCCUCCGUGGUGAUGUACUGGGUUGA